UUAAUCCUUACAAAAAUGAAGAACUCUGAAGACCAGAAGUUGGAGGAUGGACAGGAAACCAAUGAUAUUACUUUUGAGGAUGCUUUUGAACAAACAGGUCACGGUCGCUUCAACCACCUGGUGCUCUUCACCAGCGGCCUGAUCAUGCUGAACGUCUCCAUGGAGUCAGUCGGCAUGAGCUACGUGCUCACAUCAGCUCAGUGCGAGCUGGAGCUCUCAGAACAGCACAAAGGGAUGAUCAACGCUGCAGCUUUCAUUGGUAUAGUAUCCACGUCGUUCCUAUGGGGCUACCUCGGCGACCGCGUUGGGCGGCGAGCAGUUAUGCUGCCGGCCAUGUUGGCAUCUGCUGCGUUUUCGGUGGCCUCAGCGUUCGCUAGUGAUGUGUGGACGCUGUUUGUGCUCAGGAUCCUGACAGGAUGUUUUGUAUCAGCAUCCAGUGCCACAGUGUAUGCGUACCUGGGCGAGAUGCACGCCAACUCUCGGCGAGCUGCUGCCAUCGCGUGGGGCUCUGUGUUCAUCUCGUUCUCCUUCAUUAUCUUACCUGGUCUAGCCUGGGCAAUAAUCCCUGGCAAAUGGUCCUUCCAUCUCCUCAGCAUCAGGAUAAGCUCCUGGCGUGCGUUCAUGUGGUCCUGGUGCGUGCCAGGGCUGACAGCGGCCGGGAUCCUCUCUUUACUGCCUGAGAGUCCGCGAUUCAUAUUGGCUUCUAAAGGUCCAGAGGCUGCGUUGCCUGUUCUGGCUAAGAUGUACUCUUGGAAUCAUGGGACUGGAGCUGAUAAUUAUCCGGUAGAGAAAAUUACCACCAUCGGUGACGCAGCUGCGUUCAAGGGCGGGUUCGCUGGUGCUCUGAAGAACUUCUCGCACAUCUUCCGGCCGCCGCUGCUGCGCUGUGUGUUUUUAUCGCACAUAUCGAUGUUCGCCGUGUUCAUGCUAUCGAGCGGCCUCUACGUGUGGGUGCCCGAAGUUAUCAACAACAUCCUUCAAAACGACAGUGAAAGAAGCAUCUCUAUCUGUGAGAUCAUUACACAAAAGGCGCUUAAUAAAACUCAAGCCCUCGCAUCCAAUGUGGAAGCGGUGUGCAACUCCAACAUAUCUGUGGGGGUGUUUCCAAUCUCCAUGGCUAUGGGGGCCGUGUUUGCCAUCACAUACCUUGCUAUUGGCGUCUUCAUCAACAAAGUAGGGAAGAAGGCGUUGUACAACGGCAUCAUGUUCAUAUGCGGCCUAGCGACUAUAGCGGCGGCCUAUGUGCCGCAAGGGGGCGCCGCUACCGCCCUGCUGAUCCUUGCUCUGUGCGCGGGAUGUGCGGCAUCCAUAUUGGCUGCCAUAGCUGUUGAUGUAUUCCCUACAUCGUUAAGAGCUAUGGCUAUGUGCGUGAUGUACAUGGUGGGGCGGCUGGGCGCCGCUGUGGGGGCCUAUUUGCUGGGAGCCACACUACACACUCACUGCGAGUUAGCUUUCACUGCCAUGGGGGCUUUUAGUGCUGGUUCAACACUUCUUAUGCUCUUCUGGCCCAGCCCUCAAGCAGUUCGAGACGAAAUGGAAGAAAAGGGUCUUUCAUACUAAUCUACCUAGUUGUAGUACCAUCUCACACUGUUAUGUUAACUGACCAAUUUUCAACC